AGCCUGAAGCAGAGAAGAAAGAUGGCAUCUAGAUUCAUAAUCUUCUGUCUGCUCUUCUUUGUGUGUGGUCACGCCAAUGGAGCAAGGGAUGUACAACAAUACAAAACCGCAUAUGGAGCUACAAAAAACAUGAAGGAAGCGGAGGAUUCGUCAUAUGGGCCUUAUAUAACUCAGUACAAUUCUGGGCACAACUCAAAAGAAGCAGAAGUGUCAUACAUAACCAGUUAUGGAACCAAAGAAGGCAGAAAAGAAGUUGAGACUCCUUACCUAACUCAGUACAAUUCUGGGCACAACUCCAAGGAAGCAGAAGUGCCAUACAUAACUAGUUAUGGAACCAAAGAAGGCAGAAAUGAAGCUGAGACUCCUUACAUAACACAGUACAAUUCAGGGCACAACUCAAAGGAAGGAGAAGUGCCAUACAUAACUAGUUAUGGAACCAAAGAAGGCAAAAAAGAAGCGGAGACUCCUUACAUAACACAGUACAAUUCAGGGCACAACUCAAAAGAAGCAGAAGUGUCAUACAUAACCAAUUAUGGAACCAAAGAAGACACAAAAGAAGCUGAAACACCCUACAUAAUGAGUUAUGGAACCAAGACAGGCACAAAAGAAGUUGAGACACCUUAUGUAAUGAGUUAUGGAACCAAAGAAGUUGAAGUGCCGUACAUAACUGGGUAUAUUUUUCCACAAGCCAAAAAGGAGUCAAAGGAAGUUGAAACGCCUUACAUAACUGGGUAUAUUUCUGCACAAGGAAAAAAGGAGUCAAAGGAAGUUGAAACGCCUUACAUAACUGGGUAUAUUUCUGCACAAGGAAAAAAGGAGUCAAAAGAAGUUGAAACGCCUUACAUAACAGGGUACAUUUCUGCACAAGCUGCAAAGGAAAAGGCUAUAACCAAAUGUAAACAUCACAAGCAUGUAAAUCGACCUUCCUCUGACACCAAAAACUCACAAGAGCCGCCAUUGAAGGGACAUGAACAUCAUCAUAUGCAUACACAUUCAUCAUCUCCCAUGGAUCACACUGAAGCAUUCAAGGUAGGCUUUUUCACAUUCGAUGAUCUAUACAAAGGUAAGAUAAUGCCCCUAAACUUUCCCAAGCAAGAACAUUCUCGUUUCUUGCCUAAAGAAGUAGCUGAUUCCAUUCCAUUCUCAAUGCCACAACUUCCGCACCUUCUCCAACUCUUCUCGAUCCCACAAGAUUCUCGAGAUGCAAAACACAUGGCAUAUGCACUCGAACAAUGUGAGAUGAAACCCAUCACAGGGGAGACCAAGUUUUGUGCCACUUCUCUAGAGUCCAUGACAGAAUUUGUUACCAAGAUCAUUGGUUCUGGUGUUAGCUUCAAUAUUCUCUCAACCACACACCCCACAACAUCAACUGCCAUCACACAAAGCUACACUAUUUUGGAAGAACCCAAAGAAGUUUUAGCUUCCAAAAUGGUUUUUUGCCACCCAAUGGCUUAUCCUUACUCGGUUUUCUUCUGCCACAACUUUGAGAAAGACACCAAGUUCUUCAAGGUUUCACUUGAAGGUGAAAAUGAAGAUAAGGUGGAAGCUAUGGCUGUUUGCCACAUGGACACAUCUGAUUGGGACCCUAACCACAGUUUGUUUGGCCUGCUGGGAAUCAAAGCUGGUGCCUCUUCUCCAGUGUGUCAUUUCUUCCCUGAAAAUCAUCUUGUUUGGAUCCCAUCACCAACUAAAGCUACUAUGUGAGUAGGUAGCAAUGUUCUUGAGUCUUUGUUGUUUGUAUCAUAUUUCAUGUCAUGUGUGUAGAAUAAUGAUCAGUUGCCAAGAUCUGGCACUGUGAUCAAGCAUUCAUGGUAAUGUUUGGAUCCUUGAUAUGCUUUCUAAUUUGUUGUUUGUAAGAGCAAGUUUCAUGUUAAGAAGACCUCAAGUGCCUAGA